GCUAGUCAGCUCGCAAGACUUCGUCAUCCUUCACUACUUGAAGUUGUUGAGGCAGUAGAAGAAUCAAGAACUGUAAUUACAUUCGCAACAGAACCGAUUUUAGCAUCUCUUGCUAAUUUACUUGGAAAUACUGAAAAUUUAUCAAUGGUUCCUGAUGAUAUCAAAAACUUUGAACUGGAUGAGUUAGAGAUUCAGAAAGGCUUAUUGCAAGUUGGCAAAGGCCUUCAAUUUUGUCAUAAUGAUGCAAAAAUUGUUCACUCAAAUCUCGUUCCAGAAGCCAUAUUUGUAAAUAUUAAGGUGUAUUCACGACCGGACUAUGAAUAUCCUGAUUAUGAUUCACGGAUACCAUGUUAUGCUCAAAAAAAUUAUGAUUAUAUGGCUCCAGAGUUUGUGUUAGAUGAAUCACUUGAAUUUGCAAAUGAUAUGUUUGCUCUUGGUUGUUUAAUAUACACAGUACAUAGUCAUGGAAGACCUCCAAUGGAAAAUCGCAAUAGUAUACAUAAUUAUCGAAAGAAUAUUGAAAGGUUAUCAUCGACUAAGUAUGACCAUCUUCCUUAUCAUCUUCAUGGUCAUGUAUCAUUUGAUAACUCGUUACCCAUCACAGAGAAUGACUGCUGCUGA